UUGGCAGUCGGCGCAGUCACAUCGUGUGAUUUUCGGAUCUAUUAGUAUUACACAAAUUACUCGUAGUCGUAGUCGUGGAAACAACAAGAACACGAACGCCACUGAAGACGUGGCUGUGUGCAUCGCCUCUCGCGUAGGACGGUUACAAGCUGCUAAAGUACGCGUGUGUUCAUUAGGCCUAGUAUGGAGUCGGCCUGCUGUGUCGCACACGUCAGCAGCGCCUCAGCUACCGCCGUGCGACGUACAGCCAAAGCCUUACGAAGGUAUGAGCUACGAGCGAGCCAUGUCGGUGAGAAAGAAGCACGUCAGCCCCGGCUACCUCACCUACUACAGGCAGCCGGUGAUGAUCUGCCAGGGACACAUGCAGUACCUGUGGGACACCAGCGGCAAGCGAUACCUUGACCUCUUCGGCGGAAUCGUCACCGUCAGCGUCGGUCACUGUCAGCCCAAGGUCAAGCAGGCGCUGCGCGACCAGAUGGACCUUCUCUGGCACACGACGAACAUCUACCUGCACCCGAAGAUCCACGAGUACGCCGAGAAGCUGGUGGCGCGUCUCCCCGGCGACCUCAAGGUGUGCUACUUCACGAACAGCGGCUCGGAGGCGAACGAACUCGCCGUGAAGAUGGCGCGCCUGCACACGGCGCGCCACGACGUCGUCGCGCUCCGCAACGCCUACCAUGGCGCGAGCCCCUACACCGUCGCUCUCACGGCGAGCAGCAACUGGCAGUACAACCUUCCGCGUACGUCCGCUGUCGUCCACGCCGUCAACCCGUAUUUGUCACAGAAAUAUAACAGCGCGCAGCUAGCUAGAAAUGCACGCAUGCGCCUAGCUUUGUGGCUAAAAGGCUAG